AGCUGGAAUUUGAAAGUUGCUACAGGCUAGCGGUCGGCUCGAUAGGACAAUAUUAGCUUAGUUAACGACGCAUUAAUUCCGACUAUUACAAAAAUAUCUCAUGUUGUAGCGCUUUUAUUACCUGUGCUGGCACCAGGGGACUGGGGGCUGUGUUUGUACAGCUUAUGGAUUUAUUUAUUGAUAAAGUUAGCCGACUAGCUGUGACUUACCGCAGCGGAGAAGGGACGACGGCAGUACAGCGCCACCGAUUCACCUUCAGCUUAUCGUGAAAACUAGAUUAUCAUGGGGAAUGGUGGGAAGAUAAACGACAAUGUGUGCUACAGUGGAAGUAUCGGUGCUUGCUGCUAGCUUCUCCUGACGUUUAAUUAAUACGAGCGCGCCAUGUUCACGCGACCAAAAUAUGACUUUCCGCCGAGCACCGAGCGAGCCGCGUGCAGAGAGCCGCUGCGGUUAAAGAUGAACCCGCACGGCGCCGUCCCGUUUGGUACAGAUGUCUCGUGGAGGCUGAACUCGAGCUGGGACCGCACGCCGUUCAUCCCACCUCAUAGCAUCGGGUUGAACUCGACAACAACCCGGGAUGCGAUGAGCUUCCCCAGUCAUGUGGAGUCCACCGUGAUGUCUGAUGGCUCCAUGGUCUGCGGGGAUCCGGUCACUUUCCCCCUCCUGAGGGGGGCGGGACCACACCGCCACCCACUGCAACAAAACAAGUCACAGGUAGAGUCUCCUGCCAAGGUGUUUGCCAAGCUCAAAUCCAAAGUUCAGACAGGGGCCAUGUGUGGGAACGAGGGAUUCCAAGUGGAGAGGGAUAUCCCCUUCAGAGCUAAGGAGAUGGGGCGAGCAGAAUUUAACUCACCCAGGAAGAUAAGAGAGGACACCUGGACGGCUGACAUGCCCAAGGAGAAUCAAAGAUUCAACUUUGCUAACGAAGCUGAAGCCUUGACCCUCUCACCCACACAGUCUCCGAGGAAAACCCUGAGCUGUGCACUGUCAGGCAGCAAAACUCUGCAGGGAAUGUCUCCUGUGAAGGACGUGGGAAUUUUUUUAAAGCCAAGAAAUGGACACACACAGCCUAAGAGACGUGUCCUGGAGCCAGCAGCAGGGUUUCAUCCCCACAGUUUGGUCAAUACGAAGCCAAUCCAGAGACCUUCACCCCUUAUCAGAGACCUGGAUGACUGUAAGAUGACACACAGAACUCCUGUAAAGGUGCAGCCACCUAAUUUGUCUACAGAAGGUGGUGAUGGGAGAAAUGUGCCUGUGGAGGCAUGUGUUUUUCUCGACAAGCGUCCUCUGAUGUCCCCCGCCAAGACGUUUGCUCACAUGAAGAGGGAGAGGAAGAGAACAUGGGAGCAGCAAGAGUCUUACACAGAGCGCAACAAUGGAGGCUUCCCCUGUCAUUCACAAGCAAGGCCAACCUCCACUGCUGUUGAGUCUCACAACAGUACCAGCAUGGUGGUUUUUAAUAGCUUGCAAGGAAGUUCAUUUUCUGCUCAGCAGUCAGAGAUGAACUCCUCCAGGGUGCAUGCCACCGACAGCCUUUCAGAUGGUGAUGCCAGCGAUGAGACAUCACCGCCCGCUGUGAAGCGACGUCCUGUCCCGAUAGAAGACGUGCAUCCCCGGGACUCAGCACAGACCCAUAUCUCAAAGCAACGGUGCUUUGUUGAACUGGAAGAACUUCCUCAAAUGUCCCCAACCAAGAUGUUUGCAUACAUCAAGGAGAAGGAGAGGAAGAGGCAGCACCAAGAGGUUUACCAAGUCAGCAGCAGCACAAGGGUACUCAGGAGCAGGGGUCAUAGCUGUCAGUCUCAAGACGGCCCGACAUCAACAACUUCUGAUAAAGGUGAGACAGAGGACGACACUCGUAUGGACGCUUUUCAUAAUGAUCAGCAAAGAGAAUCUCCUGCUGACCAAUCCAGGUUAGAGCCAGCUGACAGCCAAUCAGAUGCUGAUCCCAGAGGUGACAUCAUGCUCCCUGCUCUGAAACCGCAACCUCCUCUGGUGGAGGACCCGGUUGUCUUGGAUUCGCCUCGCAUCACCAUCCCAAAGAAAUGUGAGGCCACGUUCAAAUGCAACAGAUGGCCCGUUCGCAUGCAGUUUCCCGAAACAUCUGUGGUUUAUCUCAAAAAGUGGGUGCUGAGAUGUACUCGGAACGGCCUGUACGUUGAUGGAGUUCGCAAGGAUGACAACACACCAUGGCACAGCAACAUCAUCAUGGAGACAAUUUCUAGCUCUGUGCUGAAAACUGUCUCUGGCAGGGUUUAUGUCUUGGUUGGCAAGAUGAACAUGGAAAUUCAAUCUGAAUUGCCAAGGUGGCUUUUGAGGAAGUUUGUUCAUGGUUUCCCGUCAAACUGGAAGAUGUAUUAUGAGAAGUUUCUGUCAGAGUCAGCAGACCUGGACCUUAAAGAGGAGAGGAACAAUGACGGGAGAAGCACAAGAGCCCGGCCUGUGACACCUGCCACCACCCUGUGUGCAAAACGACACAGGGAGAAGCCUGUGAAAACAUCUGCUUCCUGUCCUCCCCCUUCCUCCGCUUCCUUCCUCAUCGGUGGUACAAAAGUGUCUCGGAGUGGUCGGGUGAUUAAGCCACCUCUAGAGUAUUGGAAAGGAGGGAGGGUCAUCCUAGAUGCAGACAUGAACGUCACCAUCCACGAGUGUUACGAUACUUCCAUCUGCAACCCCCCGAUGGAUACACCAGUUUCCACAAGGAUGCCACAGAAACCUGCCAAGGUGUCUCUGCCUCGCAGUCAAGGCUGCCAACAGGAUGAGGUGACCAGUACCAGCAGUGAGCCAUCUGUACCUCUGAGAAAAGUCAAGACCACACACCACAAACGAAACAGAGCCAAGGCCAAGCUGGACAAGAAGUCACUUGAAGUUCCUGAGACAUUGAUCGGCCCUGAACAACGCUCUGACAGAAUCGCCGGCCAAAGAUCUCCCCCUCCAGAGGCAACAUGUACAGACAGUAUCCCUCAGUCUGGACUUCAGCCUGAUCGGCACUCAACACAUAGAUCAAAAAAGCAGAGUUGCCUGCCUGAAACGUCUUCAGUGAGGGUCUUGAUGAGGAAACGCACUCCACCAACACCUGCAGAACCUCCGACAGGCACUGACAGAGCGUCGCAGUCAGAUGACGAGUUCUCCAGCAAGAGGAAGAGGAGGGGAAAGCCCCGCAAAAGGAGGGGCAAGAAGGCUCUUGACGAGUCACAGUCAAGUCACCAGUCUCCAUCGAGUCAGCCAUCAAAUUCAUCCGAGGACAGCGGGAUGAAUUUGAGAAAGAGAACUGCAGUAUCAACAAAGAGCGAUGCUAAACAGAAAUCUAAAGUGCGCAAACAAAACCAAAGACACGACCCAUCGCCACCUCCAAAGCCUGCACCCCAGCCAACCCAGUCCCGAAAGAAAAUCAACAAGGGAAACAAAAAUAUCAGCACUAAGAAAGUGAUUCCACAAGAGAAAGAUGAAGACGAGUGGACUGAGGCAGAGCUUGUGAGGCUGCAGGAGGCUGUCAGCUCAUGUCCCAAACACAUGGGAAGUUACUGGGUAAAUGUGGCCAUGAUCGUUGGGACACGCUCUGCAGAGGAGUGCCAGAAACGACACACAUCCCAGGGGACGUUCCAGGCCUUGGCUAAGAGAGCCAAGAAGUCUAAAAAGGAGGACACAAAAAAAGAGCCAGCUGUGGAUCCCACAAUAACUGCCCGAGUGGGUACCUUGAGAAGAAAGCAGCAGGUCCGUCAGUUUCUGGAGGCCAUGCCCAAAGACGACCUGGAUGACGUCUUCAGCAGCUCUUCCAUGCAAAGUCAACGAUUCCAGCUCCCCUCCAUGACUCCCACUGGGAAGGACCGUGGGCUCACAUUUAUGGAUCUUGAGCCCCUGACCCCCAUGACGACAGGCGUCCUCUCAGCAAGGACCCCUCAGUGUCUCCAUAUCACUCCUGGCAUGAUGGGCUCUCCCAACAGGAACAAUGAUGACAAAUACAUCUAUCAGCUCCAGAAGAGGAUGAAGAAAAAUCAGUUCAAUGUGUACAAACACAGUCCUAAUACGAACUUCUCACCCACACCGUCAGUGAAACGAGCAAUGAGAAGAUGUGGUACCACAGAAAAUGAUACCUUUGUUGUGUGGGAGAUGUUCCCAGACAAUGAAGAAGCAUUGGCUGAAAGCGGAGAAGAGGAUUUUUACUUCUCGGACAAUGACUGAUUUGGGGACAGAGUUGAAGCAGUUUUUAAUGAUCAAGUAGUUUAAACAUUGAUUAAAAUUGAUAGAAAAGAGGAGAAAUUUGAAACUUGAUUGUUGUUGGAAAAAAAAGGACAUUGAUCCCAUUAGUUAACAGAAAAUACUGUGUUGAAAUCUGUUUGCCUCAUAUUUUGUCUUCUCUCGACACCUCAGAUAUGUAAUAGUUGCCACUUUGGGACAGUGGGAAAUGCUGGUCAAACACCUUCUUUCUUUUUUUCUCCCAGCGACCAAUGUAACAUUUGGACUCUGAUUUACAUUAUAUUAGACAUUGUGCUGUUAAUGGAUAAAAAAAAAAAAAAAUCCAGGAUGUUUAAAGGAAUGAUGGAAAGUGCAAAUGAAACAAACUUGUGGAAAUAUACAUAUAUAUCCUAAGGAAGUAUACAGCAUUGCUGUAUAUUCCCUUAGGAAACUCAGGAAUUUAACUCAUGUCUGGACUCACACAUGGGCCAAGGUGCUCCAUUUUUAAGUUUUUAGACAGACUACAAGUUCUAUCAAUUUUCCAUGGCCUGUUACAAAGUAUAAAAGUGAAAUGAGUUUAUGAUGUAAACACGUCACUAAUAUUUUUACUGCUGUUUACUGAUAUACCCCUGUAAAUAAAUGUUUUGAUAUACA